AUGGCAAGAGUAGGAGCGAAUGGUGCAGGUGCAACAGGCGGUGGUGCUUCCAGCAGCUGCCAACACUGCAGUUUUUGGAGCAGUAUAGAUUCGAUAACAGCAGCCACGGCAGGACUGCAUGGAGAGGGAGGAGCAAUGGUGCUCUCAGUGACGGCACAUGCAGCACUGCAGGAGUUGGGGGUGCUGCAGGGGUGUGCAGGCACAGCAGCCCGUGGUGCCUCCCAUUCACCCCAAGAGGCGGAUGCAGCCCUGGAGAAGAGCAGUGCAGUGCAGCAAGGGAGUGGGAGAUCACCGCCAGGCAAGGGAGGCAAGGGGUUGAGUGCGGUGCAGCAGGGUGCAGGGGUGCAGCCGGGUGCGGGGGUGCUAGGGGGGGUGGGUGUGCUGGUGGUGGACGAUGCAUCGGUGAACCUGCUGGUGGCGCGCCGCACUCUCACUCGCAGCGGCGCCACCGUCGCCACCGCAGCCAGCGGGGAGGAGGCGCUGCGGCGAGCCAAGCACGCGUUGGGUUUGGGGGGCAGCACACACCACGUGGAGCCUGCUGAAGGAACCUUCGCUGCACAGGGUGUGGACACGCACGUGGAUGUGGUGCUCAUGGACCUGCAGAUGCCCCUCAUGGACGGGUGA